AUGUCUUUUAAUCGUCGUGGUCGAGAUUCACCAGAAACAGACAUAAACAUAUUAUUAUUAGGUCAAACUGGUGUUGGUAAGACAACAUUUAUUAAUGCAUUUCUUAAUUGUCUUUUUUAUAAUACACUUGAUGAUGCAUUAAAAAGUGAAUUAAAAGUCUUAAUCCCUUCUGCAUUUGCAGUAACAGACAGUGAAACAUUUCAAAGUACAAAAAUUCUUGUUGGAACUCCAAAUGAUAAUGAAAAUUGUGAAACUGAUGGACAAUCAUCAACUCAAUUAUGUCGAAGUUAUAUAUUUCCAAUAGGAAAUCGAUCAAUACGUUUAAUUGAUGGACCAGGUGUUGGUGAUACUCGAGGUGUUGAUCAUGAGGCAAGAAAUUUUGAACAUAUUCUUAGUUAUAUAAAGGAAAUAACUGACAUAUCGAAGGGUAGACUUGAACCACAUUGUUCAAAAUGUUUUGCACUUUAA